UGGAAGGCGCGGAGCUGAGCGGAGUGUGCGCGUCAAGCCGUACGUGGGUCCCGCGGACCAUCCACUGACGUGGGGAUCUUUUCGCCCUCUCCCUCUCCAUGGUCACCCUCAGCGCGCUGCAGGAGACAUGUGGAAGACUUGCGGGAGCGCGCGGCGCGUAACCCUGGUGUGCGCGCUGCUGGCUCUGUGCGCGGAGGUGUCGUGGUCUACAGGAUACUUUGAGCUCCAGUUGCUGUCGGUGGACAAUCCCAAAGGUCAGCUGCAGAGCGGAGAAUGCUGCGACCCGAGUCCCGGCGAGGACCCGGAGGGCUGCGGCGCGGACGAGUGCGACACGUACGUGCGCGUGUGCUUGAAGGAAUACCAGACGGAGGUGAGCCCCAGCGGAGCGUGCACGUACGGCUGGGAGACUACCAAGGUGCUCGGCGGGAAUACUUUUCAGUUCAAGGGCGGACAGAGCCGCAGUCAGGACGCCGGGAGGAUCCUCAUCCCUUUCCAGUUUGCGUGGCCGCGAGCGUUCACAGUGAUAGUGGAGGCGUGGGACCAGGACAACAGCACCCACAACAAAGACGACGAGCUGCUGAUUGGGCGCAGUGUCCACAAAGGCAUGAUCAAUCCCGGCGAGGAGAAGCAGACCUUGGAGUUCCAAAGCUCGAGUGCCAGCAUGGAGUUCAGCAUCCGCGUGCGCUGCGACGAGCACUACUACGGCAGCAAGUGCAACAAGGUGUGCCGCCCCCGGGACGACUACUUUGGACACUACAUGUGCGACCAGCUGGGCAACCAAGGCUGCAUGGACGGCUGGACCGGCCCCGACUGCAAGACCGCCAUCUGCAAGCCGGGAUGCAGCCUCAUGCACGCCACGUGCGACGUCCCCGGCGAGUGCACGUGUAACUACGGCUGGCGGGGUCCGUUCUGUGACGAAUGUUUGCAGUACCCGGGGUGUGUCCACGGCACCUGCACCAAGCCCUGGCAGUGCACGUGUGAGAAGAACUGGGGAGGCCUGCUGUGUGACAAAGAUCUGAACUACUGCGGGACCAACCGUCCAUGUAAGAACGGGGGAACGUGCAUGAACACAGAACCAGAUGAGUACAACUGCGCCUGUCCAGACGGCUACUCGGGCAAGAACUGCGAGAUCGCUGAGCACGCCUGUGUUUCCAACCCCUGUGCCAACGGCGGGACUUGCCAUGAGGUCCAGUCCGGAUUUGAGUGUCUCUGCCCCGCUGGCUGGUCUGGACCCACCUGUGCUAAAGACACUGACGAAUGUGCAUCCAGUCCCUGUGCUAACGGCGGGACUUGCAUCGACCAGGAGAACGCCUUCGAGUGUCUCUGCACCGCCCAGUGGACGGGACAGACCUGCCAGAUAGACGCUAACGAGUGUGCGGCCGAGCCUUGCCUCAAUGCUUACUCUUGCAAAAACUUGAUUGGCGGAUAUCACUGUGCCUGUUUCCCCGGAUGGAUCGGCCAUAAGUGUGACAUCAACGUGAACAGCUGCCAUGGACAGUGUCAGAAUGGAGGAAGCUGCAAGGAGGCGGUCAGGGGCUACCAGUGUGUCUGCCAGCCCGGUUUCGUGGGUGGGCACUGCGAGCUCCAGAGGAACCUCUGUGCCAGCGCUCCGUGCAGGAAUGGCGGCCGGUGCCACAACCUGCUGGACGGGUUCCUGUGUGAAUGUCUGCCGGGGUUCUCCGGGACAAUCUGUGAGCUGCAAAAGGACCCGUGCAGCCCCAACCCGUGUCACAACCAGGUCCAGUGUCACACCACGACGGGGGACUUCUACUGCAGGUGUCCUGAGGACUACGAGGGGAAGACCUGCUCACAACUGAAGGACCACUGCAAGACCAACCACUGUCAAGUAAUCGACAGCUGCACCGUUGCCGUGGCCACCAACGACAGCCAGAAGGGGGUGUGGCACAUUUCGUCCAACGUUUGCGGACCUCACGGACGCUGCAUCAGCUUCCUCUGCUCCUGCCAGCCUGGAUUCACUGGAACGUACUGCCACCAGAAUAUCAAUGACUGUGAGUCGUCUCCGUGUCACAAUGGAGGAACUUGCAUCGACGGGGUCAACUCCUUCUGGUGCUUCUGCCCGGCCGGCUGGGAAGGAAACCUCUGCCAUGUUGAUGUGAACGAGUGCAGCAAGAAGCCGUGUGAGAACGGAGGCGUGUGUGUGGACCUCCUCGAUGACUUCUACUGUGACUGUGUGGACAACUGGAAAGGGAAAAGGUGCAACUCACGUGAGAGUCAGUGUGACGCCAGCACCUGCCGUAAUGGAGGAACAUGUUACGACCACGGUGACGCCUUCCUGUGUCGCUGCCCCCCCGGUUGGCAUGGCAACACCUGCAACACGGUGAGAAACAGCACAUGUGAGUCCAGUCCGUGUGAGAAUGGCGGCACGUGUGUGGGCCAACAAGACAACUUCUCCUGUGUCUGCAGGGAUGGAUGGGAGGGAAACACCUGUGCACUCAAUGCUGACAACUGCAGUCCACACCCCUGCUACAACGGAGGCAAAUGUGUCGACGGCGAGAACUGGUUCCGCUGCGAAUGUGCCCCCGGUUUCGCCGGACCAGACUGCCGCAUCAACGUGGACGAGUGUCAGUCCUCCCCCUGCGCCCAAGGCUCCACCUGCGUGGACCAAAUCCACGCCUUCCGAUGUCUCUGUCCUCCCGGACGUGCCGGAGCCGGAUGUGGGGAGGUCGUGGGUCUUGGCAAGUCGUGUCAUCACGCCGGUCUUCAGUUUCCUCACGGCGGUCGCUGGGACGAGGAUUGCAACGCUUGUCAGUGCGUGGACGGCUCCGCCCACUGCUCCAAGGUGAUGUGCGGUCGUCGGCCCUGCCUCCUCCCGACUGCUUCCUCUUCGGACCCUCGGGCCCCGCCGCCCUGCCCCGGGGGCCACGGGUGUGUGGGCCACCAGUUCCUCACCUGCUUCUCGCCGCCGUGCCACCGGUGGGGCGUGUGCUCCACGCCGGAGCCGCCCGGACCCGUGCACACGCAGUGCCAGCCCAACAGCGGUUACCUUGACGACAGCUGCGCUCACGUCACGCUCAUCUUCAGGAAGGACAAGGUGCCGCAGGGAACCACGGUGGAGAACAUCUGCUGGGAGAUCCGCCAACUUCCUGUCACUCGGACGCUGGCCCAAGAGCGAGCGCUGCUCAUCCUCUGUGACCUGUCCUACUCCAACACUGACGCCGUGGAGGUUGCCAUGUCCCUGGAGCAGGACGUGCGCUCCAAGGUGGGCGAGCGUGGGCAGAUCCACAAGGCGGCCAGCGCCGUCAUCGGAGCGUUGUCCAGGCGCCACAACAGCAGCGUCAUGCUGGCAGUGGUGGAGGUCAAAGUUGAGACGCGGGUGGACGCCGCUUCUGUGGGCUACGUGGUGCCGCUGCUCUGCGUGCUCUUCUGCGCCGCCUGGGUCUCCUGCAUCGUGGUGUGCGUCUGGUGGACCCGCAAGAGGAAGAAAGAGCGCGAGAGGCGGUCCCGCGGCGAGGACGGGGCCGUCAACAACCGCCUGGCGCCGGAGCGGAGCCCCGCCCCCAAAGACAACCGCCACAAAGACAUUCAGUACGAAUGCAAGAAACUGAUGGGCGCGCAGGAGCGGGCGUGCGACGGCGCCGACGUCGAGGAGGGGGACGAGGAGAGGACGCCAGGCGCGGGGGGCGGGCGUGCGUCACCAAAGUGCCCGGAGGGGGCGGAGCAGAACAAGCGGGUGACGGCUGGGGGCGGGGUCGUAUGCACCAAGCUCAAAGCGCCGCACCGGACGGCCUACAGCCCCAAAGACAACCGCUGCAAAAACCUCAACGCCGCCACUCUGGGCGAGGACGUCAGAGACCACUACGUGUGAGCUCGCCACAGGGGGCGGAGCCUGACUGUUUUUAGCCUGGCAGGAAAUGAAGAUUCGAACGCGUGCCUUUUGCAGCUCCUCUUCACCUUUGACUGGCAGCUUCCUUCCUAUUGGCCCUCCUUGCCUUAGCCCCGCCCACCAGGCCUCUUUUCUACACUGGUCUCGUUAUUUUUUCAAAGAGGACACCUUUUUAAAUACUGUCCACUUGGCACACGCGCGUUUACAACACAUGUUCCACGCAACCUUUCAAAAUAAUGCUCUCGACUUCCCGCACGGGGGGGGUCCUUUCACAGUAAAAGUGCCUUCCACAAUUUGAAACGUUGACAUGUUUGUACAUAUAUUUGUAAAUAUCGACAAUGUGUACAUUUUACUUUGAUAACUUAAGUCCUGCUUCCUGUCCAUGUACAAUUCUCAUGAAUAUUAUUACUGCGCGCUUUACUUUGAAAAUGAUGUCAUUCCGAGUAUGUGUCGCACACCUGUUACGGACACGUUACACACCUGCAGCACAGGUGUUCCAGAGGCAUUACACAGUUGCAACGCGGGUGUCACACAGGUGGAUGUGUCUCAAGUGCUGCACGCGUGUUACCUGGAUGUUACACAGGUGUAACGCAGAUGUAUUCGACAGGUGUUACACAGGUGCUUGGAUGGUACACAGGUGUAACACUGCGACGUGACAUGCGCGUCACACAGGCCAUACAAACGUGCACCGUAACCCUGGACCCGACGCAGAUGUAACGCCGCGGGUGUUGCGUGGACGUUACACGGGUGUAGCGCUCAUGUUGCACGAGUGUUGUCCUGGUAUGACACAGGUGUGACAAAUGUAACGCUGCUGUUGCAAACAUGUAACCCUGGCCUCACACAGGUGCUACACAAGUGUUACAGGAAUUUUACACAGGUGUAACUCUGAUGUUGCGCGAGUGUAACGGAGACAUUGCACGGGUGCAAAAAAAUGUUACGUUGCAACUGUGUGACACUGACCUUUCACAGGUGUAACACAGGUGUUAAAAGGGUGUUACAUUUCUCAACUUCUACAUAGGUUUUACAUGAAUUUUACACAAGUGUAACGCUGCUUACACGAGUGUUACAAAGGCAUUAAAGAGGUGUGACAAAUGUUCCGUUGCUGUUGCAAAUGUGUAACACUGACCUCACACAGGUGCAACGUGGGCGUUACAAACAUGUUACACUUGUGUGACAUGGAAGUGACUCAAGUUCUACACACAGGUGCUACACUGAUGUUACAUUAGUCUUUUGUGGGCAUUAAACAGGUGCAAACAUGUGACACAAGUGUAAAAUAUGUGACUCACGUACUGCACAGGUGUGACACUGAUGUUACAUGGGUGUUGCAAAGGCAUUCCAUAGGUGUGACAAUUGUUACUUUGCUGUUGCAAAUGUGUAACACUGACCUCACACAGGUGCAACGUGGGCGUUACAAACAUGUUACACUUGUGUGACAUGGAAGUGACUCAAGUUCUACACACAGGAGUUACACUGACGUUACAUUUGUGUUCUGUGGGCAUUGAACAGGCGUAACAAAUGUUACACUGUGGCAAAACAUGUGACACAGACCAUGAGCAACACAUGUGUUACAAACAUGUUACGCAGGCGUAAAAUAUGUGACUUAAGUUAUACACGUGUUACAUGAAUGUUACGCAGUUGUAACACUAAUGUUACAUUAGUGUUUCGUGGGCAUUAAACAGGUGUAACAAAUGUUACACUGCUGUUAAAAAAAAUGUGACACAGACCUUACACAGGUGCAACACAGAUACUACAACCAUGUGAGAAGUCUAACAUGGAUGUGACUCAAGUUCUACACAGGUGUUACAUGAGUGCUACACAAGUUAUGUUACAUUAGUUUUUCGUGUGAUUAAACAGGUGUAACAAAUGUAUGACAAUGACCUUACACAGGUGCAAAACAGAUACUGCAAACAUGUCACACAAGUCUAACAUAGAUGAGACUCAAGCUCUACACGGGUGUUACAUGAGUGUUACACAGGUGCAACAGACGUUAAAUUAGUGUUUCGCGGGCAAUAAACGGGUGUAACAAAUGUCCCACUGCUGUUACAAAUAUGUGACAUGGACCUUACACAGGUGCAAACAUGUUACACAAGUCUCACACGGAUGUGACUCAAGCUCUACACAGGUGUUACAUGAGUGUUACACGGGUGUAACACCAAUGUUACAUUAGUGUUUCGUGGGCAUUAAACAGGUGUAACAAAUGUAUGACAAUGACCUUACACAGGGGCAAAACAGAUACUGCAUACAUGUCACACAAGUCUAACAUAGAUGAGACUCAAGCUCUACACGGGUGUUACAUGAGUGUUACACAGUUGCAACAGACGUUAAAUUAGUGUUUCGCGGGCAAUAAACGGGUGUAACAAAUGUCCCACUGCUGUUACAAAUAUGUGACAUGGACCUUACACAGGUGCAAACAUGUUACACAAGUCUCACACGGAUGUGACUCAAGUUCUACACAGGCGUUACAUGAAUGUUACACAGGUGCAACACUGAUGUUACGUGGGCAUUACACGGGUGUUGUUGUAGCGUCACAAGCAUGACAUAUUUAACAGUCACAGAAGUGACUGGAGUGUAACACAGACGGUACAUUAGUGUAACACGGGUGUUACAUGAGUGUUACACGGGUGCAACACCAAUGUUACAUUAGUGUUUCGUGGGCAUUAAACAGGUGUGACAAAUGUUACACUGCCGUUACAGGUGUAUGACACGGACCUUACGCAGGUGCAAACAUGUUACACAAGUCUCACACGGAUGUGACUCAAGUUCUACACAGGUGUUACAUGAACGUUACACAGGUGCAACACUGAUGUAACGUGGGCAUUACACGGGUGUCAUUCUCGCGUCACACAAGCAUGAUGCAUGUUUAACAGUCGCAGAAGUGACUGGAGUGUAACACAGACGAUACAUUAGUGUAACACAGGUGCGGCUCGGAGCUCCAUCACAGGCGUAACCGGCACUCGCAUUAUUUUGUCCGAUGGCACUGAAAAGGUUGCAAAAAUGAUGCUUCCCGAAAGCGAAGAGAAAGCGAAGAUCAAAGCUGCUCCCGCGUGCGAGUGUCAAUCACUAAGCCCCGCCUCUCGCCAUGAAGUCACGAAGGGAACACGUGGCGUCGUCACUCGUGCACUGACAAACACCAGCUAGCAUUUAGCAUUAGCUAGUGUGUCAAAGGUCACUCGUAUCUUGCCAGCAACAAGAAGAAGAAGAAGAGGCAGAAAGCGCUUUGAGAACUUUGUCAUCAUUUUGUACAAAAACGUUGUUGGUUUGCUAGCGAGACGUUUGUUGUUUGUUAGAA